CAAUAGACAAGGCGGGACGUCCGUAUAUCGCGUUACUAUGGGGCUUAUGCGUUUCUUGUCAAUUCUCGUGGUCCUACUUCUUUUGUAUGAUGAAAUACUUGCUAAAUCAAAAUCAAAGGGAUUUGGAAGCUCGAAAAAACUCUCAAUUUCAAAAUCAAAACAUCGUUAUUCAGGAAGAUCAAGCUUUUAUUCACGUCGAAGUGGACUAUCAAAUUCUCGUAAAAAAGCAUUAUUCUUUACAGCUGGUGCUCUGGCUGGUAUUUAUAUUGGUUCACGAAUGAGAUCACAUGUGUACCUAAGAUCAUAUCGUGAUUUGUAUAAUUAUGAGGUUUGUGAAGGUCAACGCACCGAGUUCAUCAAUAGUACAGGGAUGACACGUACUUAUUCAUAUUUCCUAUGUCCUGAUAAUCCAAAUCAGCCAUUCGAAAAAUAUUGUUGCUGGGAUUCAGCAACUGGUAUGGGUGCAUGUUGUUCGUAUGAUGUAAAAAUGUAUUCACAUUCUGGCAGAGGAGCUGUCGUUGGUACAGUACUUGGAACUAUGUUAUUGAUUAUAACACUCGGCUCGAUCAUAUAUUGCUGUUUUCGUUGUAAACGUCAAAGAGAGAGAGAAUCACUGAAUGUUCCAAGUGCACAGCUUACAUCACCUCUAGAUCCAGUGUACAAACCGAAUCAAUAUCCUGUAGUCAAUCCGAUUUCAUCUGUUCCUCCUGGUUAUCCUGUUUAUCCAUAUCCUCCGAACGGACAAUACGUUGGUUAUCCACAGAAUGUUGAUGUCCCUUUUACACCUGUGCCACCAGCAAUUCCAACAAAUAUGACCGGAGAAAUUGGAUUUAGUUUGGGAGCAAAUAGUAAUGUACCCUAUUCAACCACUCGACCAGAUUUCCCACCCCCUCCCUAUCCAGGUGCUCCAAUUUCAAAUGCUGAAGGAGUUCUGCCUAGCGCUCCUAGUUCAACAUGGAUGACAAAGAGUUGAAUUAUUUUUCAAAUUCCUAUCAUUCAAAGGUUUUGUUAUCGGUAACAUAUAAAAGAUGAAAAGAUUCACUUCUACUACUAUAAUUAUUAUUAUUACUAGUAUGGAUGGUAUUCAAAAAUCUUUGUCUAUCGAUUAAUUGUUAUAUGUAUAUUUUUUUCUUGUUAAUUAUGUUUAUUUCUCAAGUUUUUCCAUGUCUGAAAUUGUCUUGUUUAACAUUGUUUUGUUUCUUUUUAAUUCCAUUUUCUGAUGAAUUCUUUCUAGUUGUUAUCUUUGGAUUUUAAGCACAUUUAUUUUAUGUAUGAUUUAUUUAUCUCAUUUUUGUUGUGUUUGUUUUAUACAAUAAAUUAUUACUUUCCUUAUUCUCAUUAUAUUUAUAUCAGUAUAUUUUGCCAAACGAGUUCUAUCUAUUCAUUCAGCUAUUUUUUUUCUCUAUUAUAAUAAGAUUUAAUGGUUAGUUUCUUUCCCUCAUACACACUCUUUUCUUUUUUUUCGUUACGUUUACAAAUAGUUCAAUAAAUUGGAAAUUAAUUCACACUUAUACUAUGUAUUUAAGCCUACUAUAUGAUAUCUGAAAUAAUGUUGUUGGACAAUCAAAUAUUAUUAGCAUUAAAUUGUUUUUAUUUUGCAUUUGUUUUUUUAUUUUCUUUUCUAUAAAUAUAAACUUGGUAUUUGUUGAAUUACUGAAUAAUGGGUUUGUCACUAGUACGUUCAAAUAUUGUUUAUUGCGGUGUCCCUUUCUUUCCAUUUUAGUUUCUUGCUUUGAUAAUUUCUCCAAAUAUUCAUUUAUAUUACAUUUAUUAAUAUAAACUUUUACUAUCAUUCUACCAGUUUAAGUAUUACUAUACUAUUUAUUAUUAAUUAAAUUUUAUUAUAUUUUUAUUCAGUUAGUUGUGUUUGGUUGUUCAUUUAUUUCUGUUCAGCAAAUGAAGAGAUUUACAUUGAACAAUUUAGAAAGAAACAAAAAGUUCUCGCACAAUUAUUAAAAGCUUAUAAUCAGUUAUUCAUUUUUUUAAUUUGUAUUUUUUGCUUUAUUAAAUUUUAUUAAAUAAUAUUUUACAAAAAGAAUCCUUUUUCCAAUCGUUUAUUCCAAUAUUGAAAUGGGUUGGUUACAUUGUAGAUUUGCAAGUUUCCGUGAAUCACAUGAAUCAGGAAAUCUAUAGUCUUUCUAUAAACAUCUCAGUUCAUUGAUUAUCAACGUUAUUUUUGUAAUAUAUCUU